AUGAGGAAUGAUAAUCGACCCAAAGUAUAUCGCACGCUUGCUAUGCUAUGUGAGUCUGAGUCCCUGUCAGAUUCGCAGCUGAAAGCUUAUCAAACUCGUUUACAAGAAUAUCGGACAUAUUUAGAGGCAGUUAGUCGAUUGGCAAAUUGCGGCAAUGUAUGCAUAACAGAGGAGGCCGUUAUGAUCGGUGACAAUGGCUUACUUACCGGUGAAUCUUUGAAUGCUUUACAACACGCUGGUGCCAUUUCCGUUUAUAAUACUUUGCAGCAAAACAACUGGGAAUUUCCCGCGCACACAACCGUCCCUGAUGACUUCCUUGAUUCCGAAAAACCUAUUCGAUCCGAUUGGCCAUCCGUCUUUGUGUCCGAAUGUUUUGUUGAGGGUGAAAAAGCGAAAUUGCAUGGUUCAGCUCGCCCUCUUCGAUCCUUUCUCCCACCUAGCAUUGUUUUUAGGAGUGCUGCGGAUAUUGACGACGAUCUUCCAGAGCCAGAGCUUCCAGCUUCAAGCGCUUUAGGUCCCGAAUCUGGCCUUGAAAUCGUUUCUACCAAUGAGGGGCUCGCCAUAAGGAAGACCAACGAUCGUGAUUCUUCUGUUGAGUGCAUUCCCAUUGACGAGUAUUAUUACGGCCGUCAGGAAGGUUCUUCUACUUAUGUUGAAGAAAAGGCGGAAUUCCGCUUUAAAUGCGCCGUCUGUCAGCGCAUGUUUUACUCCAAUGUUAAACUCAUGUAUCACAUCAUGGGUCAUGUUGACGAAUCUAUUCAAGUUCUCCUCGGUUUUCCGCUCUACCAAUGUCGGAUUUGUAAUCGAGCUCUCGCAAACGCGUUUUGUCUUCGAGCUCAUCUGGAGAAAGAUCACGGUGGUUCAACAGUUGUUGAAACGGCUAAGGUCGAUGGAUCAGAAGGUACUGGAUCUCAAUUUGCAGCUACGGGCUUCUCAUGCCGCAUCUGUGGCAAAGAAGCUGCCAGCGACUUGGCUCUAGCUCACCACCUUCAGUCGACUCAUCGUCAGCGCGAAAUGCCUUAUGUCUGUCGCAUCUGCCUCUUUCGUUCCUCCCUCUAUGAGGACCUUCUGGAUCACUUCAAAAAGGCUCAUGGUGGCUCUAAUCACCUCCUCUGCACAUAUUGUCUUCGUAUUUUUACUCCUUCGGACGCUCGAGUGCCUGGCAUUUCAUUAAUGUCUCCUACUAGUGGUGGGAGUAGUGGCGGUGUAAGCACUGCAGGUCUUGGAGCGGGUGUUGGACAGACUCAGGUUUAUCUGCAGCAUCUGAGAAUGCAUCAGGUUCAGCACCAACUGCGUCGCUGCCCUGCUUGUCGUCUUAACUUCACAAACAAGUCAGACUACCAGGUACAUCGGAGACUUGAUCAUAAGGCAUGCAGUAGCAGCGCUGCUGCCGCGGAACAGCAACAGUUGAAGGAGCAACAAAUGCAGCAAGAACAGCAAAUGACACAGGAGCAGCAAGUUCAAAUCCAUUUGGAGGAACAACAGGAAGAGGAGCUGGGUGAGCACGUGGAGAGUCAAGUAGAAGAGCCGCAUGAUGUGGAGGAAUUUAUGGUGAGUAUGUGCAACUUUUUUUCACAAAAGCGCUUUAUUGACAUACUUAAGACCAUCCCAUCCGUCUUCUUCCAGUCGAAUGAAAUAUCAAAAGAAGCUGACUCUAUGGAACCUGUUGUUCAGCAACAGCAAGAAAUGGGCGAGAACGAGGUGACGAAGUCGUCGCUUGGGGAAAAUGUCGCGGCAGAAGAACAUCAGUUGACAACCACCGAUACAGUAGCUGUUCCAUCUGAUGCUGACGCGGCCGCAACUGCUGCUGCAGUAGCAGCGGCAGAGGAGGAGAAUCGGGUGAUUCUUCUCAAUGCUCCAGAGCCGAGUCGUACGAAAGACCUCUCUGCAACUCAGUUGCCACCUGAAGCUGCUCAACUCACCUGCCUGGAGUGCGGUGAUCCUCUCUCCUCAGAUGACCACAAGCAAUAUCUUCCCUGCUCGGCUUGUGUGUUUGCCACCUGCUGCGCUGCUGGUUUCACUCGCCAUGUCCACCGAGCACACAUGUACCCCGUGGGAACAGAUGUAGGUGCCGCUGCGCACACGGGUAGCCCUAUGAUCCGCCCUAUAGUCACCUUUGACUGGCUGAUACGAAAUAUGCCGCCUAUAGAGGUGGAAACAUCGACAGCGGAAACACCUACUGAAAUAGCAACAACAACAACAACAACAACCGCUGAUCUGAUGGAAGUCGAAUAUCCAUCGGCAGCGGAGGUGGGGACAGAAGUGGUGGCGGACGUCCAAUUUGCCUGUCCACGAUGUGCCCUCUCUGGUGUGGAUGGAAACACGUUGGCACGUCACCUGGUGGAAGAGUGUGGGGUGGAGGGUGCUACUCUCCAACCUGAUCCUGAAAUAGUCUCAGCACGGCUAGAAGCAGAGGAACAAUUGCGCCUGCAACAGGAGCAGCACCAACAACAGAUCGCCUACGUGGCAGGAGCUGUUCAGGACAGUGACACUGGAAUGUACACACUUCAAGCCUCAUCAGAAGGGGAUCCAGCCUCUGCGAGCCUCCAGGAGACCGCCACAGAUGUUGCUGGAGCUCCAGUAGCCAUUGAACAACAAGCAGUCACCUUGGGCACAGCAGGAAAUCUCCCUGCCACGAUCGACAUUACCGACGCCGGUGGCGAGGUAGUUCAGCGGUUGGUGUUGCCGGAGGACCUUCAGCUUGAACCCGGACAAACUUUGGUUCUCAUACAGGGCGAGGAUGGACAACCACAGUUAGCGGUUAUCAAUCAGGCUGACUGGGACGCUAACAACCAGCAGCAAAUGGUGAUGCAGACGGACGACGAUACUUCGAACCUCCUCCUCUAUGGAAACGCGGAAGCUGAUAUGGCGGAGGAGAAGGAAAAUCAGUUGUAG